CUCUCUCUCUCUCUCUCUCUCUCUCUCUCUCUAUAUAUAUAUAUAUACAUAUUUAUAUAUACCUUAACCAUUGCCGCUGAGGUAUUUUAGAUUUUCAAGGCAACUAUUAGGUUUUUCGAAUUUUCGGGUUUUUCAGUGCCUGGAAAUUUUAUCCCAAAAUUUACCACUUUCCAUCUCUGAACCAUGUAUUGGAAGCACUUAAUAUCUGGGCAAAUAAUCAACAAGAUAUCGAAAAUUAAUGGCAGAUUGCGGUCAAAAUCUCCCUACAUUUCUGAAAAUUCUUUUGCCAUGUCUGCGCCAGUCUCUACUUCAUCAUUCCAUUCAUCAAACACUUACGGCUCAAAACCCUCCCAAAAUCCUCAAUGUCAAAAGCUGAAUGCUUCAUUUAGGAGAUACAUUCACUCAACUCGGUUGACAAAGCUGAGCUACGUAGAGGAUGGAUUGAAGCUUGAAUCGGAUGAAUCUGAUGAGGAUGGCACCAUGAAUGAGUUCUUAUCUCGGUUUGUUUGGAUUAUGCGGGGAAAACUCUCUGAAGCUUGUGGUGACUGUGAUAAACGGACGAUUGAUGGUAUGCUUUUGAUCAUCGUCGAGAAGGUUGUUUCAGAGUUGGAAAAGGGUGGGGUUGAGCAAAUGCUUGGCUCAGCCAUGUCCUCUUCAUCGCAGGACUUCAGUGAGGAUUUGUGGAACACGGUCUGGGAGGUGAGCAAUAUGGUUUUGGAUGACAUGAAGAAGGCAACCAAGAAGGAGAAGAUGAAGAGGGUUCUGCAGUGUGAAGAGGUCAAGGAGAUGGUUAGGUUCGCCAGCGAAAUUGGAAUCCGUGGGGAUAUGCUGAGGGAGAUGAGGUUCAAGUGGGCUCGUCAGAAAAUUGAGAAAAGUGAUUUUUAUGAAGGUUUGGAGCGUUUCAGAGCAGAAGAAAAGGCCCGAGAAAAAGCCAAGGCAACAACAGAUGUUGAAGAGGGUGCUGUGGUUGAGGGAAGACCUAAGACUGUUUCUCUUCCCAAGAGACGAGGGAAGAUUCGUUACAAGAUUUAUGGUCUUGAUCUUUCUGGUCCAAAAUGGACUGAGGUGGCUGAUAAAGUUCACGAGGUAGGAGAGAUGAUAUGGCCUGAAGAGCCAAAACCAAUAUCUGGGAAAUCCAAGCUUGUCACUGAGAAAAUUCUUGCUUUGAAUGAGGAAGAUGACCCAACUCCACUCUUGGCUGAGUGGGCGGAACUUCUUCAACCUAGCAGGACUGAUUGGACCGUUUUUCUUGAUAGAUUGAAAGAGGAAAAUCCUGGCUUGUACCUUAAGGUAGCAGAACUUCUAUUGAGCGAGAAGUCUUUCCAAACGAAUGUUCGUGAUUACUCAAAGUUGAUUGAUGCACAUGCUAAAGAAAACCGCUUAAAAGAUGCUGAGAGAAUCCUCGAGAAGAUGAAAGAAGAUGGUGUCAUGCCUGACCUUUUAACUUGCACCGUUUUAGUCCACAUGUACAGCAAAGCUGGAAAUCUUGAUCGUGCGAAAGAAACAUUUGAAAGCUUGAAGAUGCAUGGCUUCCGACCAGACUUGAAGGUCUACAAUUCGAUUAUCAUGGCAUAUGUGAAUGCUGGACAGCCUAAGCUGGCGGAGUCAUUAAUGAGAGAGAUGGAAGCAAAAGAUGUCAAAGCCACGAAUGAGAUAUAUAUGGCAUUGCUCCGAUCAUUUUCCCAAAGUGGCGAUGUUAGUGGAGCCGGACGAAUUGCCACCACUAUGCAGUUUGCAGGGUUCCAGCCAAAUUUCGAGACGUGUAAAUUGCUUGUUCAGGCGUGCUCACGAGCUGGCGAGCCUGAUCAAGCGAGGAGCAAUUUUGACUACAUGAUGAAAAUUGGCCAAAGGCCUGAUGACGAGUGCAUUGCAAGCAUGAUUGCAGCUUAUGAAAAGAAGAAUCUAUUGGAUAAGGCACUAAAUCUUUUGUUGCAGCUUGAGAAGGACGGUUUCUUGCCUGGAGUUGCUACUUACAUUGUUCUCUUGGACUGGCUCGGAAAACUACAGCUAAUCAACGAGGCUGAGGAACUUCUGGGAAAAAUUUCCCAGCAGGGGGAAGCUCCUCCAUUCCAAAUUCAUAUAAGCCUUUGUGAUAUGUAUUCUAGGGCUGGAAUUGAGAAAAAGGCCCUACAAGCUUUGGGAGUUCUGGAGGCUAAGAAGGACGAAUUGAGCUCAGAAGACUUUGAAAGGAUUAUAAAUGCUCUUAAAGCUGGUGGUUUUUCGAAGCAUGCCCAGAGGAUGCAUGAGCUAAUGGAGGCCCGAGGCUUCACUGCUUCAGAGAAAAUCAAGGUGAACCAGAGGAUGCAUGAGCUAAUGGAGGCCCGAGGCUUCACUGCUUCAGAGAAAAUCUCUCGUACUUUCGGCCGCAUGAGACCCGCAACGAGGUAAUAUGUUGACCAUCUUAAAGUUGAUGAUCUUUGUCUUCAGGAGAUCAACAAUGAUUUUGUUCGUUUUAGUGAUGCCGGUUAGAAAGGCAAGGCCGAAGCUUUUACUAAAUAAGGGCUUAGCUUAGAACCGUACUUGAGAGUUUGCGAACCCAUACUGGUCAAUCCAGCAGCAUGUUAUGGAUAAAGGAGUUUAGCUCUUUUCAACAUAAUCAUCUCAAUGUUUUUUUUUUUUUUUGGGGUGAGUUUCAUUAUGGUUGUCAUGGCUAUCAUGCAUCCCCUCUGUUGGUUGUGCUAAAUAGUCUGGUUAUUUCAAUUAAAUAAUUAGGGUAGACAGUUUCUGGCAAUUUACUAGAGCAUAAGGGAAUUAAUUGCUCGAAUCAUUUUGCGUUCACACGGUCAAUUCGUUACGUUUCUUUUAU